GCUCCGGACGAACAUGAGCAGGGGUGGCCGCUACAAACUCAAUGCUGCCAGAAUUUCUCAGAGAUAAAACAUACAAAAACGAAGAAUUGAAUCUAGGGAUCGAGUUGUGCUUGGUUCAGGAAAAUAUUACACUGUUCGUGGUUGCUUCAGGCAGGGGUGCUUCAUCCACCUGUUCAUGACUGCACAGCACAGAUGAAUUUCCUCACAAGUUUUUGGAAGAUGACGAACUUGUGCGGGAGGGCAGUUUGCUCCAGCCACCAUGUCCUAGUCUCAUGUACAUUCAAGGAAAUAUUCGACUCCUCCACUUGCAUGAAUCAUCUGGUGGCGAUAGCCAUUGCCACGCCGCUCACCCUCGUGCUCAUGCUCCGCUUGCUCAUCGAACUUCGGAAGAGUGUAGCAUCUGCACGCCAGCUCUUCACGCUCACUUCAUCGCUGCAGCUGGCUGCCGUGGUGUUCAAUGCCUGCUUGGGUUCGGUCCAUCUUGUCCGAGGAGUGUGGAUGCUGGGUAGUAACCAGGAUGCUUCUGUUUGCCCGCCACACUUGUGGCUUGCAACACUGUCUCAAGGUUUCAGUUUGCUCGUCACCGCCUUCGCUUGUGCCAUCAGGCGUGGCCCGCGUGGGUUUCUCGGAUUCACGUUCACUCGGUUAUGGUCGUUCUCGCUGACCAUCUAUACCGCAUUCAUCUGUUGUUCCUCGGUUGUCAGCACUGUUGGGGCAAAUGUGGUCACCAUUAAGGCUUGUUUGGAUUUUCUGUCCCUGCCAGGAGCAGUUAUCUUUCUUGUUUACACCAUUCCGAGCACCCAUGAUGAGGAGGGGCAUGAAGAAAACGGGAAAGGUUUAUACAAGCCACUGAAGACCGAUCCAGACAGUGAGGUAGCCGACUCUUCAGAGGUAACCGCCUUUGCUAAAGCCGGUAUCUUGAGCGAGAUGUCAUUCUGGUGGCUGAACCCUUUCAUGAAGAUGGGUUAUGAGAAGCCCCUCGAGGAGAAAGACAUGCCACUAUUAGGCGCCACCGACCGAGCACAAAACCAGUACUUAAUGUUCUUGGAGAAGCUGAAUAGCAACAAGAAGCAUUCGCCUUUGCAGUCAUUUGAUGGCACACCAUCAAUCUUGUGGACUAUCGUUUCUCAUCACAAGCGUGGGAUCAUGGUCUCAGGUAUGUUCGCCUUGCUCAAGGUUCUCACCUUAUCUACAGGCCCGUUGCUUCUCAGGGCAUUCAUCAACGUAUCGACUGGGAAAGGAACCUAUAAACAUGAAGGCUCUAUGCUGGCUGCCAUAAUGUUCAUCUGCAAAUGUUGUGAGUCUUUGUCGCAGAGACAGUGGUAUUUCCGCACACGGAGGUUAGGACUCCAGGUGAGGUCUCUCCUCUCUGCAGCUAUCUAUAAGAAGCAACAGAAGUUGUCAAGCUCAGCAAAGAUGAAGCACUCCUCUGGACAAAUCAUGAACUAUGUGACCGUCGAUGCAUACCGAGUUGGAGAAUUCCCAUACUGGUUCCAUCAAACAUGGACAACCAUUGUUCAGCUUUGCAUCGCUCUGGUGAUUCUUUAUAAUGCAGUUGGUACUGCGAUGGUUUCAUCCUUGGUCGUCGUCAUCAUCACUGUACUUUGCAAUGCUCCGUUAGCCAAACUGCAACACAAGUUUCAAACCAAGCUUAUGGAAGCACAAGACGUGAGAUUGAAGGCCAUGGCGGAGUCGCUAGUUCACAUGAAGAUCCUGAAACUUUAUGCAUGGGAAGCUCACUUUAAGAAAGCCAUUGAGAAGCUAAGGGAGGUUGAGUACAAGUGGUUGUCAGCGUUCCAGCUUAGCAGGGCUUACAAUAGUGUCCUGUUCUGGUCAUCACCUGUCUGGGUAUCGGCAGCAACAUUUUUAACGUGCUAUCUGCUGGAAAUCCCUCUUGAUGCUAGCAACGUAUUCACAUUCAUCGCAACUCUACGUCUAGUGCAAGACCCCAUUAGGUCGAUACCGGAAGUUCUCGGAGUUGUGGUACAAGCAAAGGUUGCUUUCACUCGGAUAGAAAAGUUCCUAGGUGCAUCUGAGCUGAAUGGACAAGUUAAGAGGAAAUACCACAUGGGUACCAGUUACCCGGUAGCAAUGAACUCAUGCAGGUUCUCAUGGUAUGAAGAUCCAUUAAAACCUACCUUGAAGAACAUAAAUUUGGUAGUUAAAACUGGGGAGAAGGUUGCAAUUUGUGGAGAGGUAGGAUCAGGAAAGUCGACUCUUUUGGCUGCGAUGCUUGGAGAGGUUCCCAAAACUGAAGGCACGAUUCAAGUCAGCGGGAAAAUAGCAUAUGUGCCUCAGAAUGCAUGGAUUCAAACAGGAACGGUGCAGGAAAAUAUUCUCUUUGGUUCUUGUAUGGACAGCCCAAGAUAUGAAGAAACACUCUCGAGGUGCUCGUUGGUCAAGGACCUCGAGAUGUUACCAUAUGGAGACAAUACUCAAAUUGGGGAGAGAGGAGUGAACCUUAGUGGUGGUCAGAAGCAGCGCCUUCAGCUUGCUCGUGCACUGUACCAAAACUCAGACAUCUAUCUCCUUGAUGACCCUUUCAGUUCUGUAGAUGCCCACACAGCAACAAGUCUCUUCGAUGAAUAUGUCAUGGGUGCUCUGUCAGACAAGACAGUCAUUUUGGUGACUCACCAAGUAGAUUUUCUACCUGUAUUCGACACCAUUCUGUUAAUGUCAGAUGGGGAGGUUAUUCGAUCUGCACCUUAUCAAGAACUAUUCGCAGAUUGUCAAGAAUUUAAAGACCUUGUAAAUGCCCAUAAAGAUACCAUCGGUCUUCCAGAUCUUAGCAGCAGUAUUUCUCCUCAUAGAGCAAAUGAAAUAUCAACAAAGGUGAAAGACCAUAAUUAUGGAAGUGGAUACACAAAGUCUGGGAAGCCAUCACCAGCACAUCAACUGAUCAAGAAAGAGGAAAGAGAAACAGGAGAUACAGGUGUUAAGCCUUAUAUGCUUUACUUGUGCCAGAACAAAGGCUUCAUGUAUGCUUCUCUUUGUGUUAUUUCUCACAUGAUCUUCAUAGCUGGGCAAAUAGCACAGAAUUCAUGGAUGGCGGCGAAUGUCGAAAAUCCUCGUACCGGUACACUGAAGUUAAUUACUGUGUACAUUGUUAUCGGAGUUUGCACAAUGUUCUUUUUGCUAUCGAGAUGCUUAUCGGUUGUUGUUCUCGGGGUCCAGACAUCAAGAUCCUUAUUCUCCCAGUUACUUGAUUCAUUGUUCCGUGCACCGAUGUCCUUUUAUGAUUCUACGCCUCUAGGAAGGGUCCUUAGCCGGGUCUCUUCAGAUUUGAGUACUGUUGACCUUGAUGUUCCGUUCGCAUUCAUGUUUAGCCUUAGUGCGAGCUUAAAUGGCUACAGCAAUCUGGGGGUAUUGGCUGUUGUUACAUGGCAAGUUCUGUUUGUAUCUGUGCCAAUGAUAGUUCUGGCAAUUAGGUUACAGAGGUAUUACUUAGCCUCGGCUAAGGAAUUGAUGCGGAUCAAUGGCACUACGAAAUCUGCUCUAGCAAAUCACUUGGGUGAAUCAAUUUCGGGAGCUAUAACCAUAAGGGCAUUCGAGGAAGAAGAUCGUUUCUUUGAUAAAAAUUCUGAUCUUGUUGACAAGAAUGCUAUCCCAUACUUCUAUAAUUUUGCAGCAACUGAAUGGCUGAUUCAACGCCUUGAAAUAAUGAGUGCUGCGGUUCUUUCUGUUUCAGCCUUUCUCAUGGUUCUUCUUCCUCCAGGAACUUUUAGCCCUGGUUUUGUAGGAAUGGCAUUGUCGUAUGGUCUCUCCCUAAAUAUGUCUUUUGUUUCCUCUAUUCGAAAGCAGUGCAACUUUGCGAACCAAAUAAUAUCAGUGGAACGGGUGAACCAGUACAUGGAGAUACAAAGUGAAGCACCAGAAUUUAUUGAAGAAAACAGACCGGGACCGGAUUGGCCUCAAGUUGGCAGUGUGGAGCUAAUAGAUUUGAAGAUUAGGUACAGAAAAGAUGCUCCACUUGUACUGCAUGGAAUCAGUUGCAAGUUUGAAGGUGGAGAUAAGAUUGGUAUUGUUGGUCGAACGGGAAGUGGGAAGACAACUUUAAUUGGUGCAUUGUUUCGCCUUACCGAACCAGCAGGAGGGGAGAUAAUUAUUGACUCUUUGGACAUCACUACGAUUGGCUUAUAUGACCUGCGUUCACGUUUGGGUAUCAUUCCACAAGAUCCAACACUUUUUCAGGGUACUGUAAGAUAUAAUCUAGAUCCUCUCGAGCAAUUCUCAGAUCUCCAAAUAUGGGAGGUUCUCAAGAAAUGUCAACUUGUUCAAGCUGUCCAGGAGAAGGAACAUGGUUUGGAUUCACUUGUUGCGGACGACGGGUCGAACUGGAGCAUGGGCCAAAGGCAGCUCUUCUGUUUGGGACGCGCACUUUUGAGAAGGUGUCGUAUCUUAGUUCUUGAUGAAGCCACGGCCUCUAUAGACAAUGGAACAGAUGUUGUCCUUCAAAAGACUAUCAGGACAGAAUUCAAAUAUUGCACUGUUAUUACGGUAGCGCACCGUAUACCAACAGUUAUGGACUCUGACAUGGUACUUGCAAUGAGUGAUGGGAAAGUAGAGGAGUAUGACAAUCCUACAAAGCUAAUGGAAACUGAAGGAUCUCUCUUCCGCGAGCUGGUCGAAGAGUACUGCGCAUACACAUCAAACGGAACUACAUAGGCCAUCUUUGAUUCACAGGAUUCUAGUAAUGUUAUAAUUAAUAAUAAAGAAAGCAAACGAGUUUGGUAGGUAUUCAUGUUUUUUUCGAAAUGGAUAAGUAGGUAUUCAUGUAUGUAGGAUUUAUAGAAAACAGAGUAUCCAAAUAAUGAUGACGUAUUAAGGUAACAUACUGCUAGUGCUAAA